AUGACAGCUCAUCAACAAUACUCCCGCCCCAGUAAUCGCUCGAGACGUCAACAAGAGAAGAUUGGAGAGGACGUUGCAUUGGCAAACUACAUGGCAUCCAACAAGAUGCGACACCACCACAAGCAAAAGCAGCUUGAUCAAGCAAACAUGAUGCCACCUUCUGGUUGGGGAUAUCCCAACAUGGGUUAUCCAUCCCCUGCCGAAUGGGCAUACUAUCAGCAACAAUACGCUGCCGCUGCUGCUCAUGCUCAUGCUCAUGCUGCAUCCCAGCAAAAGAAUGGUGGCUCUUAUGUACCUUAUCAGUACUAUUAUCCUAAUUGCCAUCCUAAUCUUUGGGUUGAUACAUCCGCUGCUGCACCUCGUUCUAUUCACAAAUCAACAUCAACACCUACUCGUAGUAGUAGUCCUCGAUCAUCACCAGCACAACGAUCACCCCAUUCACGAUCAUCCAUUUCUUCUCAGCAUUCGUUGUCUUCUUUUCAUGAUCCACGACCUUCUCGCACAUCCUCUUCAUCUUCAUCCACUGUAUCAGGUGCCUCUUCGACCGAAUUUUCUAUAGGACGACGAUCAUCGGUUACAUCGAUUGCAUCCUCUGUAUCCGGUAUGUCGGUGAGUUCCAAGCGAUCCUUUUCUCGACGUAUCAAGGAAGUUUUCAAAGGAAAGAGUGAAUCCGAAGUACCUGAAACGACGACAUCAACACGUGUACGACGACGUUCAUCCAUUGCUGCCUUGUCAGGUCUUUUUCAAAAGCACAACAAUGUACCCACCGUGCCUGAAGAAGAAGCCACCGAUGAAGAACAUCAACAUCAACAAGAAGAAGCAUUACCAGCACCACCAGCACCACCCUUUGUGAAAUCAUCGUGUCCAACGCCACCACGAACACCCACUAUCUCAUCCAAUGUAUCGACCGUCUCAUCUUUAUCUUCGUCAUCUUCUUCUUCUUCCUCAUCCGGCAAAAAGAAAAAGAUUCAAUUCUACCCCACCAUUCAAGUGCAUGAAACGUUCAGCUCCAGUGAAUACGAUCGUCGAUGCGAUACGGAAGCAACGUGCCAAAAAUUGACCCCUACAUUGGCCGUCAAGAUAAAACAGGAAUUGAAUGAGUACAAAUUGACCGACAUGGAAGUACACGUGGAAAGUCGUCGAUAUACCCACUUUCUCUUGUAA